AUGGUCACCAUGGAAACCAUGGGCAGCACGGCCACCACAGGUGACCCCUUUGCUUGUGCCUUAACAGGACAUGCUGACUCGGAUCCUGAAGCUCCGCCGCCAGCUCGGGCCUUGGCUCCCCCUCCCAAAGCCCCCUUCCCGGAGCGGAGCCCACCGCACCGCAGGGUCCCUGUCCUGUCCCUCAGCCCAGCCGCCCAGCAGAGCAGCAGCCCCGGGGCAGCCACCGCCACCCCACCUCCCUCCAGCUCAACCUCUCCACCGCCUGGCCAUCAUCUUGCUUGUGCCGGGAUUUCGGGGAAGAGCCAGGUCCUGUUUGCUGUGGUGUUCACUGCCCGCUACCUGGACCUGUUCACCAACUACAUCUCACUGUACAACACGUGCAUGAAGGUAGUCUACAUAGCCUGCUCCUUCACCACAGUCUGGACGGUUUACAGCAAGUUCAAAGCCACUUACGAUGGGAACCAUGACACUUUCCGGGUGGCGUUCCUUGUUGUCCCCACAGCCAUCUUGGCGUUCCUGGUCAAUCACGACUUCACCCCUCUGGAGAUCCUCUGGACUUUCUCCAUCUACCUGGAGUCGGUCGCCAUCUUACCGCCUUUUAUGGUAAGCAAGACAGGACAGGCAGAGGCCAUCACCAGCCACCGCCUGUUUGCGCUGGGCGUGUGCCGCACGCUUCAGCUCUUCAGCUGGAUCUGGCGUUACCACUUCGAGGGCUUCUUCGACCUCAUUGCCAUCGUUGCUGGCCUGGUCCAGACGGUCCUGUACUGCUGUUUCUUCUACCUCUACAUCACCAAAGUACUGAGAGGAAGGCGCAGCCCCGUGAGGACAUGA